GACUCACCUAAGUGAGCCCUACAUCGCGGGCAUGUUGCCACGGUCCACGAAAAUCCCGGGAACCAAGAGAAGUGCUUCUCCGCCGGCCACCGUUUGUCCACGUCCGCUCUGCGGAAGGUGACCACCUCGAAUUGAAGACCUUGUGGGUUCUCAAACAUCUGAACGUGCACCCUCCGGCCGCCCGGCAACGUGUCAUUACGGCCGGCCAGCGCCAUGCGGCUGUGCACGGUGGGGAUGGUGUCCGCGCCGGAGGCCAGCUCGUGUCCGCACGCACGGCACAGAAUCAGCGUGUCGGUGCUGGUUGUCUUCCCUGCCGCAUUGGCAGCACACGCCGCAGUGGGUCGGUAAAGGGCGGACAUAAGUAGAAACAAACACGAGAUUUUUUCCAUUUUUUAUGUAUAGUCUUGAAACGCGGAGGCCUCAGUGCGUCAUAGACAUUCGCGCAUGGAUACUCUCAACGCCAACGAGCUAGCACUAGCCGUUAGCACCUUUUGUUUUUAGCAUUGAGAACAACAGUCAUUCCAAAGCAUGUCACCAACCGCAAAAAAAAAUGAGCUUGUCAAAAUCAAACGGUGUAUUUGAACACUGCGUGUUGUACACCCUUAAAAACACAUCCACCGAUUAACGAUGGGACUUGUAUGUCAGUCAGGGAUCUUUUCUCUAUUUUUUAAUGCGAGGUCAUACCCGGAAGUGCGACACCGUUGCCCUCUUUUUCCGUUUAACCCUUCAUUUCCCUUUUGUGAACUGCAUAUGUGAAAGAUGACAUAAUUUGGUACACAACUUCCGGAAAAGCAAGCGCGCUUUAUUUGAACCGACUUUUAACAAAAAACAGCAAUCUACUAUUUGAUAAAAUGGCAGAAAGCACAACUCGUCUUAAGUUUGGUUUUCUUCUGGCUGCGUCUUAAAACCUUAUCUUCCCUUGAGUGUAGGAGUCACUACGGGCAACGCUGGUUAAAAUGCAAUUCCGCCAAUCACAGAGCCCGGCUCUUGAAAUUGACCAAUCAGAGUGCGCUUGUGUUAUUCCGUACCACCAGUCAAGCAACAUUUGUCGUUCCAAACACCCGUUCAUUUCGAUGGAGGAGUUUGUUCCUACUUUUACGCUUGACAAUAUGUCUUAACUAGUCGAAUAUUGAUGGGGGUUUUUAAAAUUUGGGUAAAAAAAUCAACUGAAAGUUUUUUUGUUUUUUUUGUGUUAAACUCGUAAUGAGCUUGAGCUGGACACUGCAACAGAAUGAGAACGAGACAUUCUCCUCCUCCUGUUCACGUCCACGUAGUGGAAAGCACGCCAGUGCAUGUUCACAUGAGAAGGAGCCCCAGCAGGACCCCGCAAGAGAGAGGCAGAGAUGCUCAGACGAGAGGGGAUCGUGGGAGAUCCACAGCACGAGCCCCUUGGAUCCCUCCUGGUAUCUCGUCCUGCAGACGAGAUCAGAAAACCCGAGUGCAGUCAGAGAAUGUCCGGCGGGAAAGUGACAACCAGGACGAUGACACCGCAACGCUGAGGAAGAACCUGAGUCUUCUACUCAAAGAGCAAGAAAACAGACAGUGUUCAAAUAAAACGUCCUCAGAGACGGAGCUCUUGCUGCGGUCACUGGUGGAGGCGGAGGUGGAUAGUGUGGCAGUGGCCAACCAACUGACCUCCUUCAAAGAAACCCUGGACAGUCUGGCUAAGGACAAGCGUCCGUCCAAGCUUCAGGCGUCUGCACUCACAAGGCAGCGGCAUCUAUUGGUGGAGAAGAUGGAGAUCUUUGACAACACCAACCACAGCCUCAGGGACCUCCUCAGAGACUGGAGUCAUCAGCAGAGGGAAGCAGAUAAACACGCUGAGGAAAAUGAAGCAAUCAAGAUGAGGCUGGCUGAUGUUGAGGCUGAGAACAUUAGACUUGUGUCUGAAUUGUCCGACAAAGAGAAAGAAGCCUCCCAGCUCGCACAGUCUUUGGACUUUGAGAAGGACCACGCUAAGACCACGGACGAGCUGUCCAGGAUCCUGGCAUCCACUCGAGACCAUUUGGAGUCUCAGCUCAGUCGAGUACAAGCGGAAAAAGUCACAAUGGCCGCUCAGCUGCAGCGCUUGCAGCAAGCCUAUGAGAAGCGGCGGGAAAACGACGACGAGGCAGCCUUGGCGUUACUUACUCAGCAUGCCGAGCGGGCUGAGGAGGCAUCCAGGCAGAUGGGAGCCAAGCUGCAGGAGAAGGAGUCCCAGCUGUCCCAGGCGUUGUCAACAUGUAGCGAACUGCGUCUGCGCAUCUCCAAGGAAGCCACGGCCAGAAGUCAGCUUGAGGACAACAUCGCAGCGCUUAAAUUACAGGUUGGCGAGUGGAACGCUCAACAUCAUGUGGCGGAAGAACGAAGUCGAGCUGAGAGGGAGGAGCUCCGAGACCAGCUCCACCGUUUGAGUGCUCAGAACACUGCUGUGGAACUGGACAAGCAGUCUCUGCAUGCUCAGGUGACGUCCAGUGAGGAGAAGCUGCGAGUUGUUCAGGAGGAAAUGCGGCAGCUCAGGACGUCGUACAAAAAACAGGAAGCCAUGGUGGAUAAAUACAAGAGGAAGGCUCAGCAGGCAGAACUCCAGUGUGAGGAGCAGCGUCUGAAGCUGAAUGAGUCCCAGCUGGAGGUCCGAGAGACUGUGGCAGCGAGGGAACGGGAACAGGAGCAUCUUAGGAAGGAGCUGGUGCGUCUCCGCCAGUUGGAGACACUUCCUGAGCGCCUGCGCAGGAGCGAGCAGCAGCUGGCGCAGGUGCAGCAGGAAGCUGAUGCCCACCAGAGAAGGAAUCUGGAACAUCAUGCUGCCCUAGCUGAAGUUAGACACAAGGUGGAACAACAAGGCUCUCAGCUCGAGGCAUCCCAGCGUAGGAACAUGCUGCUACAGGAGGAGAAUAAUGUCCUCAAAGAGAAAAUACACAACCUGGAAAGAAAGCUGGAGUCCAUGCAAGUGGAGAACAAGGAGAUGUGCUCAGCACUCACUCUGAAGGAGGUCAGCGUGCUCAGCGCCGAGCAGCAGCUGGACCAGAAGAGCCGCGAGAACGCCGUACUGGCCCAGCAGCUGCAGCAAACCCUAGACGAUGCUCAGCGGCAGGCACGACACAGCGUAGAGAGAGUCCUGGACAAAGAGCGCAGGUCACAGUCCAAAGCGCUGGACUUGCAGGAACAGCUGAGCCGGGCUGAGUCUCAGCUCUGUCAGCUGCAACGCAGUAAGGACGAGAUGGAGCGGCGCUUCCAGAACCAACUGAAAAACCUGAAGGAGCGUCUAGAUCAGUCGGACCAGACCAACCGCAGCCUGCAGAAUUAUGUCCGCUUUCUCAAGACCUCAUACGGGAAUGUCUUUAGCGAACCUUUGAUUCCCAACUAAUGUUCAAAUUUUUUCUUUCCUGUUACAAAUAAAUAUGUUCAUGUGCCACUUUAUUUUGAUAUUAUUUCACAUUUGUAGUUAAUACACAAAAACUGAGUCACUGGACUAAUCUGAGGUGUUUGAUUUUUUG